GUCGGAGUCAGAUUCUGUUUAAAAGAAAGACAGCAUUGCAUCUGGAUUGUUAAGCGAUUUCUAUCCUCCUUUCACUCAGGCCAACUCAGGGCUAUAUUCAUGAUGGUCGCUACGGGAAACCCUCCAAGAUUGGUGAAGCGACGCCGUGGAGAGGCAAAGGACAAGGAAAGCCAAGAAGCGGCAGAAAAAUGCUGUGACGAAAGACACAAAGAAACCGGCAAGAGAAUCAGCAUUCUGGAAGACAGAAUGAACCGGGUGGAGUCCCAGCUAAAAGACCAGGACCAUUUGAGGGCAGAAAACUCCCGACUGGAGACAGAGAUCAGUCAUUUCAAGGCAAAAGUCUCCGAUUUGACGCUGGAGAUUUCCCUAUUAAUGGAAGAAAACAAGCAGUUUAGAGCUUACUUGGAGGUUCUCGACGAUCUGGCAUGCACUCGGCCUUCACAGCGGCUGAUUGAAGUACCUGCAGAAAAAAACUAA